AUGCCUGAGAACAUUUUGGUGACCGGCGGUGCUGGUUUCAUCGGAAGCCACACCGUGCUAGAGCUGCUAUUGGCGGGUUACCAUGUGGUGGUGGUUGACAAUCUCAACAAUUCCUCCGGUGCUUCCAUCCGCAGAGUCAAAGAGCUCGCCGGCGAACACGGCGACAACCUCCACUUUCACGAGCUUGACCUUCGAGACAAACCAGCCCUGCAAAAACUUUUCACCGGAACAAAAAUAGAUUCCGUCAUACACAUCGCCGGAUUAAAAUCCGUAGGAGAAAGCAUGGAGAAGCCAUUGAUGUACUACAACAACAACAUCAUCGGAGCAAUCACCUUGUUGGAAGUAAUGGAUGCACAUGGAUGUAAAAGCCUUAUAGUUUCAUCAUCGGCCACCGUGUACGGUUGGCCAAAGGAGGUGCCGUGUAGAGAAGACUUCCCUGUGGAUGCAAUCAAUCCUUAUGGAAGAACCAAGCCAGUCGUCGAAGAGAUGUGCAGGGACGUACAGCGUGCAGACCAAGAGUGGAAGAUAAUAUUACUGAGAUAUUUCAACCCUGUCGGUGCACAUCAGAGCGGCUACAUCGGAGAACAUCCCCGUGGAACCCCAAACAAUCUCAUGCCCUACAUGCAGCAAGUGGCGGUUGGCAAGCGACCGGCGUUGACCGUGUUCGGCGACGAUUAUUCCACCGGAGAUGGCACUUGCGUACGUGAUUACGUUCAUGUUGUCGAUUUAGCACGAGGCCAUGUGGCCGCCUUGCGGAAGCUAUCUGAUCCGGACAUUGGCUGUGAAGUCUACAACUUGGGGAGUGGGAAAGGAACGUCGGUUUUGGAGAUGGUGGCUGCGUUUGAGAAGGCGUCCGGGAAGAAAAUACCUCUGGUCAUGGCCGGUCGGCGAGCCGGUGACGGUGAAAUAGUUUAUGCUUCGACUGAGAAGGCGGAGCGUGAGCUGAAUUGGAAAGCUGAAUACAGCGUUGAGGACAUGUGCAGGGAUCAGUGGAACUGGGCCAUGAACAACCCCGAUGGUUACGAAUCUCCUGAUCCAUAA